UUCUCAUUACUGCGAUCACUUUAUUUUCUAUUAUAGUUUUAAACAAUUGGUUAAUUAUUUUUAUUUUUGUCGAAAAUGUGUGUAUUGGGUACUCCUGUUGUCGUCAAAUUCAGCAAAAUUUGAUUAUAAAAUUAUCAUGGGAACCCCCGGGAAGAUUCAGAAGCUUGAUGAGGUCGUGGUGAACAGAAUUGCUGCUGGGGAGGUCAUUCAAAGGCCGGCCAAUGCUCUCAAGGAAUUGAUCGAAAACAGUCUCGACGCGAAAUCGACGAACAUCCAGAUAACCGUGAAGGACGGUGGUCUGAAGUCCCUCCAGAUCCAGGACAAUGGUACGGGAAUCCGCAAGGAUGACCUUGCCAUCGUCUGCGAGCGUUUCACAACGUCGAAGCUCAAGAAAUUCGACGACUUGAAAUCCAUCUCAACCUUUGGUUUCCGAGGUGAGGCCCUGGCGUCGAUGAGCCACGUGGCCCACUUGACCAUCAUCACAAAGACAAUUGAAGACAAAGUGGCUUACAAAGCUUUAUACCACGAUGGAAAGCUCAAGGGGCCUCCAAAGCCGCUCGCUGGUAACCAGGGGACAACAAUUCUCAUAGAAAACCUCUUCUACAAUGUUUCAACGAGAAAGAAAGCCCUGGCAAGCCCCUCGGAGGAGUUCUCCAGGAUCUCAGAGGUCGUCACAAAGUACUCGAUUCACAAUCCAACUGUUGGAUUCACCCUGAAGAAGCAGGGAGAGGCACUUCCGGCCGUUCGAACCCCCCACAAUUCCUCGAAAAUCAGCAACAUCAAGAUCCUCUAUGGGAGCAACAUCACGAGGGACUUGUUGGACAUUGAACUCGAAGACGAGAGCCUCCAGUUCAGGAUGCACUGCCUCCUGACGAACCCCAACUAUUCCAACAAGAGAUUAACAUUCAUUUUAUUCAUAAAUCAUCGACUCGUUGAUUCGUCACCCAUGAAGAAGAUGCUGGAGGACCUGUACUCGAUCUAUCUUCCCAAGAAGACCCACCCCUGGUGCUACCUGUCGCUCGACAUAAACCCUGGAAAUAUCGAUGUCAAUGUGCACCCCACGAAGCACGAGGUUCGUUUCCUCCACGAAGACACCAUCAUCGAGAGGGUGAAGGUUGCCCUGGAUGAGCAGCUCUCCAAGAGCAAUUCCUCCAGGACUUUUUAUGUUCAGGCUAGACUACCGCAAGUGGACAUCACCAAGGACGUCCUGGAGAAGGUUCUACCAGAGUUCGAUAAAGAGAAGAGGAAAGUUUGUGCCAAGGAGAUGAUCAGGACUGAUGCCAGUGAUCAGAAACUAGAUAAGUUCAAUUUUACUGUUACGAAAAGCGAUGGAGGUAGUGAUUCCAUGAGAAUUGAUGAAGAAAUUGAGGAUAAGAAUGGAAAUGCAACUGCAGGGAUUGAGGAUAAAACUCCAGAGACUGGAAAUGAGGAGAAAAAUGAGGAAAACGAGGAAAUUAGGGAGAGAAAGGUGUCUUCCUGCAUGUUUGCAACUCCUAGAAAGGAAUUUCUCGUGGAUUUCGAGCCGGAAGGGCUUGAAGAGGGCCUGAAAACUCCGGAAAACCCCAGGAAACUGGUGAAUUCACACUGGAGUUCCCUAGUGGACGAACCCACCAGUGAAUCCUCUCAGGAAGGUCCGAGGGUGGUGGAGUCUGCUGCACCUCCUAAAGAGAAUUACGAGGGAGGGGCCAUUCUCCCUAAAGAAGUCCUUGAAUUAUUCAGCUCGGAUGGGGAGAGCUCCAACGACACACCAGCCCCUCCAGACAUCAACUCCAGUGUUGCUGAUAGAGCGCUGAAGACUGUCUUCAAGUGCUUUGGGUCUCAGAGGUCUUCAGAUGAGGAUAAAUCGUCUCGGCAAGAGGGAAAUAACGAGAAUAAAGAGUCGGAUGUUUUGAAUGGCUCGAAAAAUGGAGGGGCUGAGGGAGAUAAGACCCUGACACCUGAGAAGAAUGAGAAGAUGGGGUCCAGUGGUGGGAAUGCUCCUGGAGGUGCGGAGGAUCAGACUUCCUCUAGAAAACCUCCAGAAUUCAAGUCUUAUUCUGUGAACAGCACCAGAAGGGAAGUUCGACUGACGAGUGUUCUGAAACUUCGAAAGACUGUUGAGGAUAAUUAUCACGAGGGCCUUAGGAACAUCAUCUCGGGGAUGACAUUUGUUGGAUGUGUCGAUGAGGAACUUGCUCUGGUACAGAGCGAUGUGAACCUCUACAUCUGCAAUACAGCGAGACUUGCGGAGGAACUUUUUUACGAGAUCAUGCUGUACGAUUUUGCUAAUUAUGGCGUCAUCAAAUUCUCGGAGCCCCUACCCAUCUACGACCUAGCAAUGCUAGGCCUCGAGACCGAGGAAGCUGGUUGGGACGAGGGAGAUGGCCCCAAGGAGGAAAUAGCCUCCAACGUGAAGGAACUCCUCCUGGAAAAGGCAGAAAUGCUCAAAGAAUAUUUCGCAAUCGUAAUAGACAAGAGGGGAAACCUGCGCUCCCUCCCCGUACUCCUCCAGGACUACUUUCCAAAUCAAGCUGAGAUCCCUCUGUUCAUCCUUCGGUUGUCAACAGAGGUCGAAUGGUCUGUCGAGCAGACAUGCUUCGACAACAUCUGUCGUGAAGUCGCUAAAUUCUACAGCAAAGUAGACACGAAUAAUCUCCAGCAGAACUGGAAACACUUGACUGAACAUGUGAUCUAUGAUGCUAUUAAGGAGAGCCUGUUGCCACCUAAACAUUUCUCCCACGACUCGACUAUUCUCCAAAUUGCUAGCUUACCUAAUUUAUAUAAAGUGUUUGAAAGGUGUUGAUCGUUUAUUAAUCACUGGUUGUUAAUUUUUUUGUAAUCUUGUAAUAAAAUCUCUC